AUGUUUGGUUUUGCAACACUAACCUACGCGUCAACAAGAUAUCUCACUUUGAAAAACUAUCAAAUGGUGUUCAUAGAAAACAUGGAACGACCACAGACACACCAAGACGUGUUUACAACGUCGAUCUCUACAUUAGAUGAUAUUCUAUUCAACUCUUCAUAUGUGAAGGGUCCCAUCUUUGACUUGCAAUCGACGCCGAGUUGUCAUGGCAUGUAUAUUGUGAUCAGUUCAUUAAUCAUAUCCAAUUUGACUCAAGAAAGGCCAGUUGUUAUAAUUGACACCCUGAAUAAAUUCCCAUUUCAUCUACUCAAGAAUCAUCCUCAAUUCAAAUUGGAGUUCAAGUCCAACAUCACUCAUUGUGUAUGUGACACGUUUGCCAAAUUGUACUCCGUGAUCUCGUCGAAAACCAAAUUUGCUAAUGGUUCAAUGAUUGUUAUUAAUGAAUUCCAUAGCCUACUAGAACUGUAUAAGCUUGAGAUGUCCAUGUCAUAUGAAGAGACCAUUCUCAAAAACUAUGUUGAAAACAACUCCACUUUGAUUAACAAUAAAUUCAAUGGAACUAAAGAUCCCAUUGUCAAAAUUCCUCCAUCAUCAGACCUCCUUAAAAUCAGUCCCAUCUCCAAAUAUGAGUCUCACGUUAACUUAUUAUUUCGAAAUUUGAACAGCAUCUGCACCGAUCUAAAUGCAACGAUUUAUCUACUAGGGUACCUUGAAACAAAAUAUCGUCCAUACAAAUUGAAUAACACCAUUGAUGCGUCACAACUUUCCUAUAGUGAGAAGGGAAGAAUUGUUCUAUCACCAAGUGUUACCCACAAGUCAUGCAUUACAAAACUUCUUCUCUAUCUCGAUUGGUAUCAUAAGACACCCCAUUUUUUCAGAAACUACCCCAUUGAUAAUACACGUCAAAUUACAAUAAAUCAGGCAAUGCUUAAAUUGGUCAAUGUAGUGAAAGUUACAACCAAGUCAGAGAGCUUUGGCCCUAUUUAUUUUGACGUCGAUGACGAGUUUUACUACGACCAGGAAGAAGAAUUCACUGGUGAAUUUAAAGUUAGAGAUUUAUCAGAAACGAUGGUUGAAAGUUGUCAUGUUAUACCGUCGUCGCCGAAUAUUGAUGCAUCCAUAAUCCACGUCACGAGCAAUGAUUUAGGCAACACCAGCAGCUCCAAUGAUACAGAAGCUGUUGCCAGUGAAAUUAUUGAAGAGUCAGAGGAAGAAAUUGCAAUUCUGUAUAAUAGCGCUACCGAUUCAAAUAAUGAUAUUGCAUUCGGCUGA